CAGAAAUCAUUAUCACCGCUGCUUAAACCCUAACUCUUUUGGCAGAUCCCAAAAUCCAUCUCAAAUUUUCGGUCAUGGCUACAGAAACGGAGCCCACAGUUCUAAGGAGAGAGGAGGAAGAAGAUGACAAUCCGAGGUCGGCGGCCGAUGAUGAGGACACCGGCGCUCAGAUUGCUCCGAUCGUCCAGCUGCAGGAAGUCGCCGUCACCACCGGUGAAGAGAACGAAGAUGUUCUUCUUGAGUUGAAGUCUAAGUUGUACAGAUUUGACAAGGACGGUAAUCAAUGGAAGGAAAGGGGAGUGGGCAUUGUUAAGCUCCUAAAGCACAAGGAGACGGGAAAAGUUAGGCUUGUCAUGAGGCAGAACAAGACCCUUAAGAUCUGCGCCAAUCACCUUGUCCUAUCCACAAUGACUGUGCAAGAGCAUCAAGGGAAUGACAAAUCAUGUGUGUGGCAUGCUGCUGAUUUCUCUGAUGGAGAGCUGAAGGAUGAAACUUUUGCGAUCCGGUUUGCCUCUGUGGAGAAUUGCAAAACUUUCAAGGAUAUGAUUGCAGAAAUAGCCAAAGCACAGGCAACUGAUAACGAAGAGAGUGAAGAAGGAAAAACUGCAGCCAGUCUUAUCGAAAAGUUGAGUGUUGGGGCUAACAACGAGGAAGAGAAACCCGAGUCCGAAGCCGGACCUUCGUCCUCUGCAGAGAAUAAUGGCGAGAGCGAGGAACCAGUAGCCUCCUCCGCAGAGAAGUAAAAGAGAGGAUGAUCCCUUUGGUAGAGUCUUGUCUUGGUUUUUGGCUGACAAGGUUUGGUGCAUGGGUUAUUCAGGUGAGUCAACCCGGCACCAGAUUAUAGUCGCGAAACAAUGGUCUUUCUUCAUUUGGUUUGUUCACUGGUCCAUCAUCAGUCGUCGGUCGGGUCAAGUCAGGUCAGGCUCAGUUGGUGUUGUUUUGGAGCCUCUGAAGUAUGAGUCAGUUGUUUUUUACUGUCGAGAUGGUGUUUGCAAAAAUUCUUGGACAUGGGUGCAUUACCCUCAGAAACAUAUAAUUAUAUCUUCAUCAAACUGUAUUUCUUUUCGCGUGUAUUA